AUGGAGAAAGAGAAGAAACCCUGUGAUGAAUGGGUUAACUUUGUUCAUGAAAUCGCAUACAGCAGGACACCUGAGAAAGACUUCGGCCUUCAUCCCAACGACCACCAAGAGGCAGACAACGACCACCUGGCAAUUAGUCGCGCAAGCGCAAACACAACGCAGAGAAUACCAAAAGUCACGUAUGCAGGAAAUGGGAACUCUAUAAAAAGAGGGGUUGCAUCUGUUAUUGGUGUGAACCGUUGGCGGAGCACUGACUCCCCAGCCGUCCAGCGCUGUUUUGCUCUUUUAUCGCUUGCUAAUAAAUUCACUUUGAUUAAUGAGAAAUUGGCUUCUCAAUUUGAUUUGAGCAUGAGCGUCUAUAACAACAUCAAAGCCAAGGCCCACCUGGAAUUGAAGCUGGCAAGGGAUGUCAAAAACAACAAGAAGGGCUUCUUCAACUACAUCAGCAGCAAAAGGAAGGCUAGGGACAAUGUGUGGCCACUGCUGAAUGAGGCGGGUGUCCUGGUGACGGAGGAUGCGGAGAAGGCAGAGCUAAUGAAUGCCUUCUUUCCUUCAGUCUUCAGUGCUAAGACUGGCCCUCAGGAAUCCCAGGCCCCGGAGGUAAGAGAAGAAGCAUACAAAGAGGACGACUUUCCCUUGGUCAAGGAGGACUGUGUGAGGGAUCGCUUAAGCGAUCUGGAUGUCCACAAAUCCAUGGGCCCCGAUGGAAUGCACCCACGAGUGCUGAGGGAGCUGGCGGAUGUCAUUGCUGAGCCACUCUCCAUCAUCUUUGAGAGGUCCUGGAGGACAGGAGAGGUGCCCGAGGACUGGAGAAAGGCCAAUGUCACUCCAAUCUUCAAAAAGGGCAAGAAGGAGGACCCAGGGAACUACAGGCCACUAAGCCUCACCUCCGUCCCGGGAAAGGUGAUGGAGCAGCUUAUCCUGGAGGCCAUCAUCAAGCAAGUGGAAGAAAAGAAGGUUAUCAGGAGUAGUCAGCAUGGAUUCACCAAGGGGAAAUCAUGCCUGACCAAUCUAACAGUUUUCUACGAUGGCAUGACUGGCUGGGUAGACCCAGAGCUGCACCAUUUUCAUUGUAUUCAUAUAAAACACAUAUCCACAUAUAGCAACAAAAAACAUUAAUGAUGUAUAAAAAGCUAUCAUUCUGAGUCUAGUUGGAGGCUGGUGACAAGUGGUGUCCCUCAGGGGUCAGUACUGGGCCCAGUCUUGUUUAACUUCUUCAUCAACGACCUGGAUGAAGAGUUAGAAUGUACCCUCAGCAAGUUUGCUGACGACACCAAACUGGGAGGUGUGGUAGAUACACCAGAAGGCUGUGCUGCCAUUCAGCGUGACCUGGAUAGGCUGGGGAGGUGGGCAGAGAGGAACCUGAUGAGGUUCAACAAGGGCAAGUGCAGGGUCCUGCACCUGGGGAGGAACAACCUCAUGCACCAGUACAGGCUUGGGGUGGACCUGCUGGAGAGCAGCUCUGCGGAGAGGGGCCUGGGUGUCCUGGUGGACGACAGGUUAACUAUGAGCCAGCAGUGUGCCCUGGCUGCCAAGAAGGCCAAUGGGAUCCUGGGGUGCAUCAAGAAGAGUGUGGCCAGCAGGACGAGGGAGGAUCUCCUUCCCCUCUACACUGCCCUGUGGAUUUCUACAACUGGAAAAAAGGCACAUUAUGUGAUUAAAUCUGUUGCUCUGACCUACACUUAG